AAAUUUAGUCCUAACCAAUUUACAAAAUUCAAUUUACAAAUUCUCACCCUCCAUUCCCGGACCCCGAAUUGGCUACUGGUCGACUCUCUCCCGGUGCGUAGUUGCGGCGGACGUCCCGAGGUGCGGCAGACCGGCGGUAGAGUGACGAUGUGCGGCGGCUCCGCCCAAUUAGUGAUGAAGAUGGCACUGUUGAUAGCAGAGCAAGAACAAUGAUGAUUAAGGAAGCGCAAAGCAUUCCGAGAAUGAGAAGCACUUCUGAGAUUGGUAGGAAGAGACGGAUUGUUCUAGACUCUGAAGAUGAUGAAUCCGAGCACAAUUUUGUGAGAUUCCCCCAACAGCCUGAAGCAUCAGUCAAGAGAGGGAAUGAGGCCUCUCCGGAACCUCCCAAAAAAUGCAGGACUGUUUCAAUUAGCAAAAUACUUGUUGAAGAUAGUUUUUCAUUUGAUGAAUUGGAAUGCACUGGAGUACCAGUGAUGAAGUUAGAUUCAGGGCGAAGAAUAAAAACACCAGUAAAUAGAAGCACGGUGAGGAACAAGUGUGAAAGUUCAUUUGACAGAAGUGCCUCCAAUUUUUCUAGCAUUAAUUCAGAUCCUAGUUAUUGUGAUGAACCACAGUAUGGUUAUGAAGGAGGAGAGGAGGACGCAGAGGAAGAAGGGUACAGUCUAGAAUCUUCAUUAAGAAAUAAACGGAGACUGUUCACUCAAGAUGAUGAAAUUCAUAAUAAGAGAAACUCUUAUAAGAUAACUCCCAGUAAGGAAAAGAGUGUAAAAAGAAAACCUAUGAGAAAGAAAAUAAGUUAUGUAGAGCAAAAGGAGUUGGAGAAUGAUCAGAAGUCAACGACUAAAAGAUACAUCCAGCAAACAGAAGUAACUGCACAUUUGCAACAAAAGAAACGUAAAAAAAAUUCAGAUUAUUGCAACAGAGCUUCAAAGAAUAAUGAGAUUUCUAAAGAUGAAAUUAUGAUGGACAAGGUGGACGAUGGAAGUGAAGAGGAGUGGGGUGAAUGCAAGGACAACAUGAGAUCAUCAUUUGUUAGACAAAGCAUGCUGAAAACUCAAAACAUUGAAAGCUUAAGCACUAACAGAAUGCCAACAAGACGUGCUGCUGCAUCAUACAGAAAAUAUAAUCUUGAUCAUGAUUUUUAUGUUGGCGAUUGGGAUGAUGAAGAUGAUGAUGAAGAUUUGGUGCUGACAACAAAGACAAUGAGUCCAAAUAAUGGUUCACAUAUUACGAUUACAGCAGAAAGUGAUGAUUCAAAUGCUUUGCGCUUGAGUGAAACCCUAAAUGGCACAAGAAUAAAGAAAGAUUACUCUAGGAAACUAUCUACUAGUUCUUCAUCUCCAUCAUCUUCCUUGUCCGAUUCGACAGUUUCAAAAAGUAGUAAGGGCAGUAUGGAUGUAUCUAAAACUAUGAAGGUUAAUGAGGUAAGGACUGUACAAUCUGUACAAUCGGCAAUGUGUCAUCAAUGUCAAAGGAGAGAUCGAAGAAUAGUCGUUCCUUGCAAAAAGUGUGAAAAGAACCUUUACUGCAUUCGGUGCAUCAAGCAAUGGUAUCCCCAGCUGUUAGAGGAAGAAGUUUCAGAGAUUUGCCCCUUUUGUCGUGGAAAUUGCAAUUGCAACAAGUGUUUACACUUGAGUGGCUUCAUCAGGACCUCAAGAAGAGAUCUCGCAGAUGGUGAAAAACUUCAGCAUCUUCACUAUUUAGUUGAUAAACUUCUUCCCUUCCUUGAACAAAUUCAUGUAGAACAAAUUCAGGAGAUAGAAGCAGAAUCUGUUAUUCAAGGUGUAUCUUCAUCUUCAAUUGAGGUCAAGCAAUCAAUAUGUUACACUGAUGAGAGAGUCUAUUGCAAUCAAUGUUCAACUUCAAUUGUGGAUCUUCACCGAAGUUGCCCUGGCUGCUCAUAUGAGCUUUGUCUGCGCUGUUGUCAGGAGAUUCGUGAAGGCAAGUUUCCAGGAUGUCCAGUAAGAGAAAUUUUCCAAUAUAAAAAUAAAGGAUAUGAUUACAUUCAUGGCGGUGAUCCACAACCAGAAUUCGUUGACAAGGAAAAUUCAUGGGAUCAGAAUGAACCAGUGAUCGAAUGGACUGCCAAUAGUGAUGGCACUAUCACCUGUGCUCCUGAAGAGAUGGGUGGAUGUGGAAGUCAUGUCUUAGAGCUCAAGUAUCUCCUUCCAGAAGGAUGGAUCUCAACUUUGGAAGCAAAAGCAAAAAAAAAAUUGAGCGAAUGUGAUGGUGUCAAGACAACUUGUUGGCCAGUUGAUAUCGAGAAUGACCCUGAAAAGUUAUGUAGAUCAGCAUCUAGAAUAGGUUCUAAUGACAACUGCUUGUAUUAUCCUACUGCGAGGGAUGCUUUGAAGGAGGAAGAGCUUUUUCGCUUUCGGAGUCAUUGGGUUAGGGGUGAACCAGUGAUUGUUCGAGAUGUUCUUGAGCAGACUUCUGGUCUAAGUUGGGAACCAAUGGUUAUGUGGCGUGCCUUGUGCGAGAACACAAAUUCAAAUAUCAGUUCAAAAAUGUCAGAAGUCAAAGCUAUUGAUUGCUUGGCUGGUUGUGAGGUUGAGAUUAGUACGGGAAAAUUUUUCAAAGGCUAUACAGAUGGGAGAACAUAUGCAAAUUUCUGGCCAGAGAUGCUCAAACUUAAAGAUUGGCCACCAUCUGAUAAAUUUGAAGAUCUCUUACCCCGCCACUGUGAUGAGUUUAUUAGUGCAUUGCCAUUCCAGGAAUACACUGAUCUAAGGGAUGGAAUUCUUAAUCUUGGUGUAAAGUUGCCGGCAAGUGUCAUAAAACCUGAUUUAGGUCCCAAGACGUACAUAGCAUAUGGGCUUAAAGAGGAACUUGGAAGAGGGGACUCUGUAACUAAGCUUCAUUGUGAUAUGUCAGAUGCGGUAAACAUUUUGACACACACAGCAGAAGUAGCUUUAAGUGGUGAACAGAGGUCUGCAAUUGAGAGAUUGAAAGAAAAGCACAUGCUUCAAGAUGAAAAAGAGUGCCUUGAGCGAGGGGAUUGCAAGGUCUCAGAUUGGGACAACGAGGCACACACCAGAACAGGGGACAUGUCUUGCAACAUGAUUGCAGGAAGUUUUCCAUCAGAGGAGCUAACAGAUGGUACAGGCAGUGCCCUUUGGGAUAUAUUUCGAAGGGAGGAUGUGCCAAAGUUAAAUGAGUAUCUUAUAAAGCAUUCAAAAGAAUUUAGACACACUUACUGUUGUCCAGUUGAAAAGGUUUUUCAUCCAAUUCAUGACCAAAGCUUCUAUUUAACUUUAGAACACAAAAGAAAACUCAAGGAAGAGUUUGGAAUAGAACCUUGGACAUUUGAACAGAGACUUGGAGAGGCUGUGUUCAUUCCUGCAGGCUGCCCUCACCAAGUUCGCAAUCUUAAGUCAUGUACAAAAGUUGCGGCAGACUUCAUUUCUCCAGAAAACAUCAAAGAGUGCAUCCAACUUACAGAAGAAUUCAGGAGACUACCAGUCAACCACAGGGCCAGGGAAGACAAACUAGAGAUAAAGAAAAUGAUCCUUCAUGCUAUCAACCAAGCAGUAGAAGAAUUGGAAACAUUGACAUCAUCCAAGUGAUCUGGACUAUAAAAUCAGCAACUGGGAUCAGUAACAUUAUUUUGCAUCACCUCAGCAAAGGUUUUACUUUGACAAUGGAAUCGGCUUGAUUUUUGAUAGCCUUUGCUCCUCUAAUCAUUGCCCACCGUUGUAUUAUGGAUCUGCCGUAUUGUAACAAUGUCAUUUAUAGGCUGCUCAUGUAAAGUCAUCAAUGAACUGCAAUUGUAUCGGAUUCUCUUUCAUGUGUUAUCCCUAUGUAUUAUGUACUAAUAAAAUGCUAGGGAUUCCCAUGAAAGAAGAAUCGAAAUAUAUUUUCUUAAUAAAAUCAAAAUUUAUUCACCUUCA